UUGGCAUAACAAUCGCGCCGGUGGCUAUCGAUAACACGACGUGCCUUGCUAUCGACAAACGUCAGAAAACGUAAACAAACGCAACAACACCGGCACGCGAAUAGUUUAGUGGCGUUCUAUACAAUUUAAGCCUGAAUAAAUAAAACCAUGCCGAAUUGGAAUCAGAUACAAUCACAAUUGCGGAGCUCAAACAAUCCUGUCGUGUUCUUUGACAUUGCAGUGGGCACAACGGAAAUUGGACGCAUGAUCUUCGAGCUAUUUGCAGACACUGUGCCACGUACAGCGGAGAACUUUCGACAGUUUUGCACCGGAGAGUACCGACCCGAUGGGGUGCCUAUCGGCUACAAGGGAGCCAUUUUUCACAGGGUUAUAAAGGAUUUCAUGAUACAAGGAGGAGACUUUGUGCAGGGCGAUGGAACCGGCGUCACAAGCAUUUAUGGAAACACAUUCGGCGACGAAAACUUCACACUGAAGCACGAUUCCCCUGGACUACUAGCUAUGGCCAACAGCGGCAAGGACACUAACGGAUGCCAGUUUUUCAUAACUUGUGCGCGAUGCAACUUCCUGGAUGGCAAACAUGUAGUAUUUGGACGUGUUCUUGAUGGCCUGCUAAUUAUGCGAAAGAUUGAGAAUGUGCCGACGGGUCCAAACAACAAACCCAAGCUACCCGUAACAAUUUCACAAUGCGGGCAAAUGUAAGACGAAUGUUUAAUUAUAUU